AUGGAUGACUUCAAUGACAUCCUUCACCAAGACGAGAAACGUGGAGGGAACCCCCAGCCUAUGAGACUGAUCAAAGGUUUCCGCGAUGCUGUUGAGCCAAGCGAACUUAGGGAUUAUAGCUUUGAUGGCUACCAAUUCACUUGGGAACGAUCGAAGGGAACUCCACACUGGAUCGAGGCAAAAUUGGACCGAGGCUAUGGUUUUGUCUACAAAGGAAAGCUGGCAAAUGGAACUUUUGUUGCAGUCAAGUUACUAAAGGAAUUAAACGGUAGUGGGGAAGAGUUUAUAAAUGAAGUAGCAAGCAUUAGCAGAACUUCUCAUGUUAAUAUUGUAACAUUGUUAGGAUUCUGUGUUGAGGGUGACAAAAGAGCUUUGCUUUAUGAAUUCAUGCCUAAUGGAUCGCUUGAAAGCUUCAUUUAUGAUGGAAAAUUGAGGAGUGAUCGUCAAUUAGAGUGGUUAACAUUGUAUAAAAUCACAAUUGGCAUUGCUAGGGGACUAGAAUACCUACACCGUGGAUGUAGGACAAAAAUUUUACACUUUGAUAUAAAGCCACAUAAUAUUCUUCUAGAUGAAGACUUUUGCCCAAAAAUCUCAGACUUCGGUCUUGCAAAACUACACACAACAAAGGAGAGUUUUGUGUCAAUAACUGGUGCACGGGGAACAAUUGGAUAUGUUGCUCCAGAAGUUGCGUGCAGAAACUUUGGAGCGGUUUCUCAUAAGGCUGAUGUGUAUAGUUAUGGGAUGAUGGUACUGGAGAUUGUCAGUGGUAGAAAGAAUGUUGAGCAUGAUGUGGAUCGCAAUAGUGAAAUCUAUUUUCCGCAUUGGAUUUAUCGCCAGAUUGAACUUGAUAAAGAGUUGUUUGUUGUUUGCUUGUCGUGA